UACACACUGCUCAGAAUUGCCGCAUUGGACUCGCUGGCUCCUGUGAGCUUCUUCAGCGUUUGGUGUGAUGCCCGAUACUAACAGCACAGUUAACUCAGCCGGAAACACUAGCAUUAUUUUAGGGUUUUUAAUGUCCUUACUAGCCUUUUUUAUAGUGGUAGGAAAUGCGGUGGUCAUCUUAGCUUUUAUGGUGGACAAAAAUCUUAGACAUCGAAGUAAUUAUUUUUUUCUUAAUUUGGCCAUUUCAGACUUCUUUGUGGGUGCAAUUUCCAUUCCUCUGUACAUACCCCACACACUGUUUAAGUGGGAUUUUGGAAAAGAAAUCUGCUUGUUUUGGCUCGUAACUGACUAUCUUUUAUGUACAGCAUCUGUGUACAACAUUGUCCUCAUCAGCUAUGAUCGAUACCAGUCAGUCUUGAACGCAGUAACUUACAGAGCUCAGAACACAGGGAUCUUGAAGAUUGUCAUUCAGAUGGUGGCUGUUUGGGUGCUGGCCUUCUUGGUGAAUGGCCCAAUGAUUCUCGUUUCAGAGGCUUGGAAGAACGGGAGCCAUGAGUGUGAGCCUGGAUUUUUUUCAGCGUGGUAUGUCAUAGCCAUCACUUCGCUCCUGGAAUUCCUGAUCCCAGUUAUUGCCGUUGCCUAUUUCAACGUGUAUAUUUACCGGCGCCUGUGGAAGCGUGGUAACCUCACCAGGCACCGUGGCAGGUUCCUCUCUGUCUCCUCUUGUGACGGCGGGCAAGCAUUAAGAUGGGGGCUGUUCUCAGAGGAAGGAGAUCCAUCCCCUCAUUCACAGGGACAAGGCAGAAAGAGCAGCCUUUUGGCUUCCUUUAGAAGCCAGAAGAAAAGCAAAAUGAUUCAUGCUUCCAAAGGGAGUUCCCUCGCCCACGCGGAUUCCUUAUCCCUUCACCAUAGGGAACAUGUUGAACUGCUCAGAUCCAGAAAAUUAGCCAAGUCUCUGGCUGUCCUCUUAGCAGUUUUUGCCAUUUGCUGGGCUCCAUAUUCUUUAUUCACAAUUGUUAUUUCAACAUACCCCCCAGCGGAGCGCCCGAAAUCAAGUUGGUAUGAAUUUGCAUUCUGGCUUCAGUGGUUCAAUUCCUUUAUCAAUCCCGUUUUGUAUCCGUUGUGUCACAAGCGUUUCCAGAAGGCUUUCUUGAAAUUAUUUUGUGUGAAAAAGCAGCUCAUGACAUCACAAAGUCAGUCAUUUUCUUCUUCAAGAUAAUGUACUACACUCUGGAUUUUAG